AUGCACUUCGACAUUGUGGGGCCAUAUCACAUUCAAGGCAAUAGUGAAUCCUACAUCUUCAAAUGGGAAAUGCCAACUGAGUUCAUCAACAUACAUAAGAUGAUUGAGAAGUCCGAAAACUACAAGGCCGACAGCGAAUUCUGCAAGCAUGGCGAAGUUAUGUAUACGAUGCAAACAGUCGAGAAUCCGUCUUCUUUGGCGAUCCACACGACCUCGAGACAUUGUUGA